AUGCCGGCGGGGAAAGAGGGGAAGGAGAAGAACAAGGAGAUGGCCGUGAGCAAGCCCAAGGAGAUGCAGCCGCCGAUGCCGGCGGGGAAAGAGGGGAAGGAGAUGGCGGCGGGGAAGGAGGGGAAGGAGAUACCGGCGGAGCCGGAGCUUCGUCGGGUGGCCACAGUUGGCAGAGCCAAACGGCACGCCAACCAAGUUGCAGCUGCGGAGGGAGGCAGCAGAGACGGGGAGGGGCUGGACGAUGAAACGGGGGGCAGAGGCACGGCGUGCACGGGAGGUGACGGGGGAGGGGCGGAUGCACGGGGAGGACGCAGCGGGGCGGCGUUAGGAGGGGCCGGUUCGGCCGGUGAGCGGCGUGCGUACGAUCGUGCGGCGGCGGAGGCGGUUGGAGCAGAGGCGGUCGGAAUGCGCGGCCGCACCGGCGGCCACGAAUCAGCCGGUGGCGGUGCGGAGGCACACCCGCGAGCGGAAGGCGCGGCGACGGCGGGCGCGGGAGGGCGAUGGUGCAGCAGCCCCGCGGCGAUGGAGUGGGCGCAGCCGACGUGGGAACGUGGCCAGUCGAGUGGAGGGAGGGGCGAGGCACAGGGGGGCGGUGCGGAUGGGGGCGAGGCAGGAUGGCGCGAAGCGGAGGACGGCGAGGCAGAGGGGGGCGGGUGCGAGGCGCCUCCGGCGGAGGGGGGUGCGGCUUCGGAGGGCACUCACGGGGUGGGUGCAUGCGGCGAGGGAGAGGGUUUAGCUCCGCCCCCUGCUUCUCCCACAUCCCUCCGCAGCCACCUCUGCCCCACUGCACAGGAAUCGCCCCUCACAGCUCAGCUGCACUGCUCACCCAGUGCGGGCCAAGGCAUCAUCCCCUCCCUCCCUUCCUCACCCCUUCUCCUCCCCACCACCCCCUUCCGCACCUCCUUCCUCACCCCUUCUCCUUCCCCCUUGACCUGCGUCUCCCACGCCAACGUCUGCACCACUGCGGUCACACCGUUCUGCCCUCAACCAAGUGCGCUACCCUCACUCCCCAUACCCUCUCCCUUCCCCCACCUUCUCCAGCCACCCCCCCUGCUCCUAUUCUUACGUCCGACCUGCGGAUUUGCUGCCUUAUGGUGGAGCCGCACUGCUCUCACCCACGCACUGUCCCUUCCUCUCCCCUGCCCACCUCCUCCAACCCACCUCUACGUCUUCCCACCAGUCCCGCACCGCACCUGCUUCUCCUGCUCUGGUUCAACUAGGCAGGCAGAUGCUGCUGACGUGAGGUGGGCGAGAGGCAUUGGCGGCAGCAGUGGCAGCGGCGGGGAGCAAGGGGAGGAUGGCAGGAAGGGGGGGCGAAGGGGUGGUGAAAGGGGGCUGCUGGCGGGCAGUUGA